UAGCCGUCACAUACAUGAUACAUCCAAACCUCUCUCUAUUUCCACUCCCAGACAUUCUUCACCGUCUCCAACUCGAUUUCGGACUCCACGCCGAUCCAUCAGCAAAAGAAAUAAAAUAUUUUAAUUCGAAAAAUCCUCGGCGUUGAAUCCGAUACACCAAAAGCUAACCGCUUCACAACUUUUCGUUGCAGACAGCAGAGUUCAUAUCGCCGUCGGAUAAUGGCGUCACUCCACCCCUCCGAGUUGGACUCCGCCGCCACCGACUCGGUCGCCUCGACCCCGCGCUCGGACCACCCGUCUCACGAUCUCAACUCGCGUGUACGGUUCAUGUGCAGCUUCGGCGGCAAGAUCUUGCCUCGCCCGCACGACAAUCAGCUUCGCUAUGUCGGAGGCGAUACCCGAAUUGUCGCCGUCCAGCGCACCACCUCUUUCUCCGCCCUUCUCUCGAAGUUAUCUAAACUCUCAGGGUUGAGUGACGUGACGGUGAAGUACCAGCUGCCGAACGAGGACCUCGACUCGUUGAUCUCUGUCACCACCGACGAGGACGUCGACAACAUGAUGGAGGAGUACGACCGCGUCGCACAGAAUCUAAACUCAAAGUCGGCGCGGCUCCGCCUCUUUCUCUUCGUCAAAGGCAGCGACGAUUCGAUUAACUCGCGAUCCUCCAGCAUCAGCUCGCUCCUCGACGGCUCCGCCAAGCGCGAGCUCUGGUUCCUCGACGCUCUCAACAGCGGCGCGUCCAAUUCCGCGAUGCUCGAGCGGAACCGCUCCGAAGCUUCUUCGAUCUUCUCCGAAGUGCCUGACUACUUAUUCGGGUUGGACAAUUCCGACGACACUCCCUCUCGCGGUGACGAGUUCAAACCGAAGGCCCGACCCGUAUUGCAUGACAACGUGUCGGUUUCGGAUCCGGGUUCACCUGCCCCGCUAACUUCCUCGCCGUUCUGCUCGACGUCGUCUGUGCCAUCCGUGCCGUCGAUGCCGAGUCUACCACCGGUGAAAACCCGACCCGAUUCCAAUCAAGCCAUCGAGAAUCAAGCCAUCGAGACGAAAGAGAAUCAAUCGGAGGGAUUUUCCGAGACGGUUGAGUUGCCCGUGUCGCAAGCAACUGGGUUCGCGGGCAACCCCGGGGUGCAUUAUAUGCCGGAUCCUAAUUACCCGGGUCAUAUGGUUCAGCCAGUACCCGUUUACUAUUAUCCGGGUCAGGUUCCACCCACAACCGUACAGGUCCAGCCGUUUCCGAUUCAGAGUCAGUAUGUCCAUCAGCAAUACCACCAAGUAGGGAGUCAGAUUCCAAUGGGGUACCAUAACCCAAUACCAGGUAUGGGUCAAAUAUAUGGCGGAGGGUUGAGGCCAGUGGCGGGAAUGGACCCGUAUGACGUGUCAGCUCGGGUGGUUUCCAAUGGAGUGAGCCAGCAGCAGCAGCAGCAACAGGUGUUCUAUGGAGUGAGGAAUGCUGCGGUGGUUCCGCCGUAUAAUCCAGGUAUGGUGGUGCAAUCGGGGGAGGAAUGGCAAGGACCCGGACCCGAGAUGAAUAAGGGUCGAGCUCCGAAUGCAACAUCUUGACCAAUGCAUGAAACAAAGGAAGAAAGAAAGAUCUAGUUACUGUGAUUGGAAUUGCUAUUGUGAUUGGUUUGUGUGAUUGGAAUGUGUGUUAAAACUGUGAAGUGAUUUUUUACCUUUUUUUUUUCUAUAAUAUUUUUGUUUUUUAAUCAGUUGAUAAAUGGUAUAUGGAAUAUUUUGCUUUCAAAUGCUUUCCCUUCA